GGAGGCGCCGCCAUUAUUCCAUCAGGCUGCAGCGGUCAGCAGAUAUUACAGUCGCGGUUUUAAUUAUGGCUGAAAGCGACGCAGGACAAUAUCGUUAAGGGAAACCACUUUCUAGUUACUAACAAGAGGAAGCAUCUGCGGCACGGUGGGAACGUGAACUUGGUUGCUGCAUAGGAUGGAAAGGGCUUCGGGCAUGAGUUUGUCAGAUGAGGAGGAUUAUGCGGAUAUCCGGGCCUAUUUCUCCAAGGCUGAAUGGGUUCGGCUGCAGAGAUGCGAGAAGGUGCACUACAGGAACAUGAAGAGGAACCACCAGGCCAUGUUGGAUAUGGGGCUGAAUUCCACCACCCCAGUGUUCAUGAGAAGCAGCCGAUCCAGCGGGGUGAUGACGGAGAGGUUGGGCGGCGACAAAUGCAGCAAUUCGGAGGAGUGGACUUCUCACCUUCUGAGAAGGAGCCCGGGGGACAAGGCGAGUGGAGCAUCCAGGAGUUUCCAGCCUACAUCCAGGCGGUCCGGUCAGAGCAGAACCCCUGCUGUGGGAUCAGAGUCAUGUGCUACAGACCAGGGAAAGAGGCAGACGUCUUCCUGCAGUAACACCACCUGCCAUACAAACCAGCAACCUUCCCAGCAGGGUGUCAGAGAGGUUAAAAAAGAGGAGGGGGAAUACCUGAUAUCUGAGGGUGAAGGGACUGCGAAUGAGAGCCCCCCCAAGAAGGUCAAGGGUGCAGCGGUUCAGGAUGUGACUGAGGUGGAGCUGAUUGGUUCUCUUCUGUUAGUUACUGGUGAGCGGAGCAAACAGUGUGCGAAACCUCCAAACCCAGCAAGGAGAAUGAAUGAAUCUCACCCCAAGGAGUAUGUCAGACAACUGAGGGCUGGAACUGUCAACACAAACCAGGAUUCCCCAACUUCUGCUGGCCCCAGUGCCGCUCAGCCCAGUAAAGACACACUCAGUACCUUGGCAGAAGCCAAUACAGACACACUGACAGCACAGCAGGGUUCCCAGGGUAAGAAGACUUUCAAUAUAAACAGAGACUGUAAAAUACACAGGCAGACUCGCACAAAGAAGUCCCAUCGGUGUUCUGAGUGUGGGAAGAGCUUCAGUCAUUUAGGAAACCUAAAGACUCACCAACGGAUUCACACAGGGGAGAGGCCCUACCAGUGCUCCCAGUGUGAGAAGAGCUUCAGUCAUUUAAAUCUGCUGAAGAGCCACCAGCAGUCUCACACAGGAGAGAGGCCUUACCAGUGCUCCCAGUGUGGGAAGAGCUUCAGUCAUUUAGGAAACCUAAAGACUCACCAACGGAUUCACACAGGGGAGAAGCCCUACCAGUGCACCCAGUGUGGGAAGAGCUUUAAUCGGUUAGGAACCCUAAAGACACACCAACGGAGUCACACAGGGGAGAGACCCUACCAGUGCACCCAGUGUGGGAAGAGCUUCAGAGUGUUAGGAAUCCUAAAGAGCCACCAGCGGAUUCACACAGGAGAGAGGCCCUACCAGUGCUCCCAGUGUGGGAAGAGCUUCAGUGAUUUAAGUAACCUAAAGACACACCAGCGGAUUCACACAGGAGAGAGGCCCUACCAGUGCUCCCAGUGUGAGAAGAGCUUCAGUCAAUUAAGUCACCUAAAGACACACCAGCGGAUUCAUACAGGAGAGAGGCCCUACCAGUGCUCCCAGUGUGGAAACAGAUUUAAUGAGUUAAGAAGCCUAAAGAGACACCAGCGGAUUCACACAGGAGAGAGGCCCUACCAGUGCUCCCAGUGUGAGAAGAGCUUCAGUCAAUUAAGUCACCUGAAGACACACCAGCGGAUUCAUACAGGAGAGAGGCCCUACCAGUGCUCCCAGUGUGGAAACGGAUUUAAUGAGUUAAGAUGCCUAAAGAGACACCAGCGGAUUCACACAGGAGAGAGGCCCUACCAGUGCUCCCAGUGUGGGAAGAGCUUCAGUCAAUUAAGUCACCUGAAGAGACACCAGCGGAUUCACACAGGAGAGAGGCCCUACCAGUGCUCUCAGUGAUUUUUCUUGAUUAGGAUACUUUGAGACACACCACGAGACCCACACAGUUCAGUCAGUCCAAUAAAUGUUUGUUCUUGAAUUUUUCUAAAUUGUAUUUCUGAAAUACCUGUAUGUUGGGUCCCCCUCAUUAGUCAUGUUGAUGUUUAGGAUUUGUUUGACAAAGAUUCAGAGGUGUUUUUUUAAUAGUUAGAAUAUAUUGUGAAGGUAGUCUUUGACUGCAAAGCAGUUUUAUAAACUGUGAAAUUGCACGGUUGUGUAUUUUACAGAAGAUGGUUUGGCUCACGUAAAAUAAAAUUCAGAAUUUCUGUAAA